AUGGUGACUUUCACGCUUCUCGCGCCCUCUCUCGGCGCUGAAUCGUUCAAAGCAGUGCUUCUAAAUUUCGACAACGAAAUAAGGAUCUUGGCGGAUCCCAGCUGGGACGGCUCCAAUCCAGACGAUGUGUUGUUCAUGGAGAAAACGCUCAGCGAGGUUGAUUUGGUUCUUCUAUCGCAGCCGACGCCGGAAUUCAUCGGUGGAUACACAAUGCUUUGUAUCAAAUUUCCACACCUUAUGGCAGCCAUACCGGUGUAUGCGACCGUUGCCGUGAGUCAGCUUGGCCGCGUUGCCACUGUCGAAUUUUACCGGUCGCGAGGGCUCUUGGGACCGCUCCAAUCGGCGCUUUUGGAGGUCAGUGAUGUGGACGAAUGGUUUGACCGCAUAACCCUGGUAAAAUACUUCCAAAACAUGACCAUGUUGGAAAACAGGCUUUUGCUCACAGCCUAUAAUUCAGGUUACUCUUUGGGUGGUGCCUUCUGGCUCAUAACAAAACGGUUGCAAAAAGUGGUGUAUGCGCCAACAUGGAACCACUCUAAAGAUUCGUUCUUGAACGGUGCUGGAUUCACAGGUUUGAGUGGCACGACGCCGCCGCAACUCAUUCGGCCAACUGCGGUGAUCACCAGCACGCACUUAGGACUGGCCAUGUCUCAUAAGAAAAGAACAGAGAAGUUCUUAGGACUUGUAGAUGCCACUCUUGCGAACGGUGGAGCUGUCUUGCUCCCUGUAUCUAUAUCGGGCCGUUUCUUCGAGCUCUUACAAAUAGUAGACACACAUCUAUCCAAUCUACAAGGUGCAGCUAUUCCAGUGUAUUUCUUGUCUUACUCCGGAACGAAGGUUUUAAGUUAUGCCUCGAAUCUCUUGGACUGGAUGUCCACACUGUUAAUGAAAGAGUAUGCCGGUCAGUCUACCGGCGAUCAAUCCUAUGCUCGUUCUCCCUUCAAUCCCUCUAAAGUCGAUCUUCUCCUGGAUCCCAACGAGCUUGUACAGCUACCGGGCCCCAAAGUUGUCUUCGCUUCUGGUCUCGAGUUCCGUAAUGGUGACCUUUCACUGAAGACUUUGGAUUAUAUCUGUCGUGACGAGAAGACAACAAUUAUCCUCACAGAGAAGGCUGCGUUUAAUACAGACAAUAACAUUGCCACCGAAUUGUACAGUGAGUGGUAUAAACUCGCAGCAGCAAAAAAUGAUGGCGUAGCUGAGGAUGGUAUUCCUGUUCCAUUAGAGAAAGCAUUUCCAUUAGACGGCUGGACAACAGAAGAGUACCUUUCGCCCACUGAGCUCAAGGACUUCACGGAGAAAGUCACUCUGUCUAGAAGACAGAAACUCAUGGAGAAGGUUCGUGAUAAGAAAAACAAAAAUAUCCUUAAUGCCAAUGACGAUUCGUCAUCGUCAGAAGAGGAAGAUUCCAGUGACGACGAGCAGCUCAUCACCAACACAAUUGAAGCUGGCGCAUUGCCCAGUGCAAAUGCAGUUUCAGCCAGCAGUGCCACUGCUGCCAUCAAUACUUUGGAUGUCUUUGUGACCGACUACGUGACUGAUAACUUGACUAAUAAUAAGCCUAUAGAUUUCAAGGUUUCAAACAAAAUGAGACCCAAGCAAGCCAUGUUUCCAUUUGCAGACUUGACAAAGAAGAGAAAAUUUGACGACUAUGGAGAAGUCAUUGACCCCAAGCAAUUCACACACACCGAUGAAUCUGCAGCCAACAGCAAGCUUAUUGACGAGAGUCGCCGUAAGUUUGAUGAUGAGAGAGGCAGAUGGAAUGGAGAAGAUGGUCGUAAUGGACGCCGUUUUGAUAAGCAGAAGCAACUAAACAGAGACAACAAACUCACACCUCAGGAGGCACUUAACAACGAGCUUCUUCUGAAGUAUCUCGACACAUUACAACAUCCGAUGAAGCGGGUGCCAUUUGGCAGUGAUCUGAACGCUGCAAUCCGGGUCCGUUGUGGGCUUUCGUUCGUCGACCUUGCCGGAGUGGUGGAUUUGCGUUCUUUGAGCACGAUCUUGUCAAGUUUGAGACCCCGUAAUUUGGUUCUUCUUCCAGACUCAACAUACAGCAAGGAUUUGGAUCCUAGCUUGAACGGACAAGCCUUAGUAAAAGCAGCAUUCCAGAAACAAAUCAAGGAUCUGAAAUCAACCACAGGUGACGACGCCGAGCCAUCUUCAUCACACUUUAACCUCCUCUACAAUGCCAGAAGUGCUGCCUCCACUGGAACCAGUAGUGAGCUCAAAGUAUUCAUUCCCGAGAACAACAAGUCGAUUCAGGUCGGUGGUGAUGGUCUAGGAAGAAAUAGCGAGUUCGAAGUGCAAUUGAACGAUGAAUUGAGUGCGGCUCUCAUGUGGCAGAAACUUGAAGGGCAAUACAAGCUCACUCAUGUUAAGGGAGAGUUGGGUGUCUACGAGUCUAGUAUCAAUGUAAGCAAGAACAACGACGGCACCAACGCCAUUCCACAAUUGCUCCUCAAACCGCUCCUGGCGCCAGAACAGGCAGCCUCGCCUACAUCGCAAACGGGAAGCAGUGCAAUUUCUGGAUCCACUCUAGCCAUUGGAAAUGUGCGACUCACAGAGCUUCGUAAGAAGCUUCUUUCGCUCAACAUGAACGCCGAGUUCAAGGGUGAGGGAUUGCUUGUGGUAAACAAUGAAGUCUCCGUGCAGAAGCUCGCCACCGACAACGCCCAAGGUGAGGAUGCUGGUGACAUUUUGGUGGAUGGACAAAUUGGACCUCUCUAUUACCAAGUCAAGAAGUGUAUUCGGGAAAUGCUUGCCUUUGUGUAA